AUGCCCUCCUUAGUCUCCCGCUUAACGUACCCGCUGCCGCGCCUAGCGCUAGCCGCCAUUCUGGUGCCCUGGGUGGCUGCGAAAUCCUUCGUCCAGUACUACACCUCCGGCACCAUCUACCAGAAAACAGACCCGGAAUUCGACACUCUUUACAAAAACGUCGUGGUGGCCGUGUUGGCGGUGCUUGCCACGGCGGCGCUGGCCACAGACGCCAAGUUCAUGCCGUAUCCGAUGAAGCUGAUGUUCAAGAAACAGCGUGGGCGCGGUGCUGCCAAAGAGAUCCCGCACUUUGGCGAGGCUGUCGCUGGCGAAGACACAUUUCUCUGGGUCGCGCGGCCCGAGUCUGCGAAAACCGCCAUUUUGUACCUCCACGGCGGCGGCUACCUGUUUCCUUUGGCGCCUGCCCAGCUUGUAGGAAUGAUGGGCGUGUGGUGGGCCGUUCUGCUGGAAAAACGCCAGAACCUCGCCAUUGCCGUUUUGGACUACAAGCUCACCACCUACGCCCACUACUACCCGACGCAGCUCUACGAGGCCACCCGGGCGUACCGGCAAUUGGUGGAUUUGGGCUACGAGGUUGUGGUGAAGGGCGACUCUUGCGGCAGUAAUUUGGCUCUUGCGGUGGCGCGUUUUUUCGCCUACCCGGCCGAAGCAAAAGCACAUUUUUCGCAGUGGCCCCAGUUCGACUGGGACUUCCUGCCGCUUCCGGCGCCAAAACACCUAAUUCUCACCGCCCCCUGGACCCUGCCCACCUGUGCUGCGGUGCCGUUUCCAGGCAUGAACCACAAGGGCGAGUUCAUUGCUUUGAGUAUUAACAAGAAGGGCAAAUUGUACAUCAAGGGCCUGGACCGGGACGCCGUGGCGCCGUGGGUGGAAUUCAACCAGACAAACUAUAAAGAGCACUGGGCCGAGGUGCCAGCGUUUAACGGCGAGGGCUCGGUGCUUUAUAUUUAUGGCGAGAGGGAGUAUUUCCGUGCGAGCCAGGAGAGUUUUGCCGAGGAGUGCGGCGUGCACAAUUUUGACUCGGUGAUGCAGCCUGGGGCGAUUCACGACUGCUUGUUUGUGGUUGAGGUGCUUGACAUUCUGGGCAAAAAGGGCCAGCAGGCGAUGGUCCGGGGCGACCACAGGCAGAAGUUUACUUUUGGCCGGAUCGGGAAGUUUUUGGAUGAGAUCUUGUGA